CGCGUUGCUGCGAUUUGUGUGGGUAAGCGUGUGUCGCUGCGGUCUUGUCUUUCAUCCUGCCGGGGCAUCUCUCUCUCUCUCUCUCUCUCUCUCUCUCUUUGUGGCAGGCCUUACUUUACCGAUCUUUUCGCUUUUUUUCCCCCCUUCCGCGCGCCAAUUGUGCGCCCUGCACACGCAUCCCUUCUCCAAAGACGCCGCCGCCGCCAUGUCUUCCCCGUCCUCUGGGGAACAGUAUGAGGAGGAGGAGGACGGCGCAUACGAGAGCCAGGCCAAGCGGCUGAAACCCAGCGCCGCCGCCGAAGAGGGGGAGAUCGAGUAUGGGGCAGAGGAGGGCGAGAGCCGCCGGGAAAAGGCCGCCCCUCGCGCGGGGGGCUUCUCCGGAGGGGAUGCUGGAGGCAGUCAUCACAAAGUUUCCGUUUCUCCUGUGGUCCAUGUCCGUGGUCUUUGUGAGUCAGUUGUGGAGGCAGACCUUGUGGAAGCUCUUGAAAAAUUUGGGACCAUAUGUUAUGUGAUGAUGAUGCCAUUUAAACGCCAAGCUUUGGUAGAAUUUGAGGAUAUUGAAAGUGCCAAAAAGUGUGUUACUUUUGCAGCAGAUGAGCCAGUAUACAUAGCAGGACAACAAGCGUUUUUCAAUUACUCUACAAGCAAAAGAAUAACUCGUCCAGGAAACACUGAUGACCCAUCUGGUGGGAAUAAAGUUCUGCUGUUAUCAAUUCAGAAUCCUUUAUAUCCAAUUACUGUGGAUGUCUUGUAUACAGUAUGCAAUCCUGUUGGGAAAGUACAACGUAUUGUCAUAUUCAAGAGAAAUGGAAUACAAGCCAUGGUUGAGUUUGAAUCAGUUCUUUGUGCUCAGAAAGCAAAAGCUGCACUCAAUGGAGCGGAUAUAUAUGCAGGAUGCUGUACAUUGAAAAUUGAAUAUGCAAGGCCAACUCGACUUAAUGUAAUUCGAAAUGACAAUGAUAGUUGGGAUUAUACUAAGCCAUAUCUGGGCAGACGAGAUAGAGGGAAAGGCCGACAGAGGCAAGCUAUUUUGGGAGAACAUCCCUCAUCAUUUAGACAUGAUGGCUAUGGAUCACAUGGUCCUCUGUUACCUUUACCAAGUCGGUAUAGAAUGGCAUCUCGGGAUACUCCAGAGCUUGUUGCUUAUCCACUUCCACAGGCCUCCUCAUCUUACAUGCAUGGAGGAAACCCCUCAGGAUCUGUUGUCAUGGUCAGUGGUUUGCACCAGCAAAAGAUGAAUUGUUCAAGAGUCUUCAACUUGUUCUGUUUGUAUGGAAAUAUUGAAAAGGUGAAAUUUAUGAAGACUAUUCCAGGCACUGCAUUAGUGGAAAUGGGUGAUGAAUAUGCUGUUGAGAGAGCAGUAACACAUCUCAAUAAUGUCAAAUUAUUUGGGAAAAGACUAAAUGUUUGUGUAUCCAAGCAGCAUUCAGUUGUUCCUAGUCAAAUAUUUGAGCUGGAAGAUGGGACAAGCAGUUAUAAAGAUUUUGCAAUGAGCAAGAACAAUCGUUUUACCAGUGCUGGCCAAGCAUCCAAGAACAUCAUCCAGCCACCUUCUUGUGUAUUGCAUUACUAUAAUGUACCCCUAUGUGUGACUGAAGAGACCUUUGUAAAGUUGUGUGAUGAUCAUGAAGUCCUAUCUUUUAUCAAAUAUAAAGUAUUUGAUCCAAAACCAUCAGCUAAAACACUUUCUGGUCUCUUGGAAUGGGAAUGCAAGACAGAUGCAGUGGAAGCUCUUACAGUACUCAAUCACUACCAGAUAAGAGUGCCUAAUGGCUCUAACCCAUAUACCUUGAAGCUUUGCUUCUCUACUUCUUCCCAUCUGUAGACAAAAGACAGCAUGUUAAGGACUCCAUUUACCUUUAUUUACAAAUAUGAGAUGAUACGGAUUCAUUGAUUCUAAAAUAUUUGCCCAGUUUCCUUGUUUGAGUUUAACCGGUUUAUGUUUUGUAAUACAUGAAUGUGUUUAAAUGCAAAAUGUUUCCUUUUUUCUCAAAAAAGUAGGUAUACCAGUGUAUAAUAUAGUGCAUAUUAACCCAUGUAACUAUUAACUACAGGCUUUGACUGCCUUGGUUGUAGCGUGUGCAUAUCAAUUGGAUACAGAUCUUGAUUUUAAACCAGUUUUCCAUAUCACCAUAACAUUACCAUUCCAUUUACAGAGGUUAUUUUUCAUUUUG